CUCACACUUUAUCCUAUAAAUAGGAGUCAUAGUCAUUGUAAUUAACGGACCAUUAGAACAUCUCUAAUACACCUCUAUCUUGACCUUGUGCGUAGUUUCUUCCAUUUUAUAACAAUUACAGCUUAAUUGCUUAAGAUUUUUGAAGUAAGAGUAUAAUAUUCAAUUCAAAGUUGGCGUGAGUGGCAUGCAUUUGGUCGUGGAAAAGUCCAGUGUGGGAGAUGAUGGAAAAAGGCGGCGCCAUCCUAGAAAUUGAUAAACCCGGCCAAUUGCCGGCCGGCGGGGCACUACGACUCGUUCACAUUCUGAUUUCUUCCAUAAAAAAUGAUGUCCAAGCUGCUACCAUCACCAAUCCUGCUUACACUUGCAGUUGUGCUCCUCACUUUGCCCUUUCAUGGAAACACCCUGCAGAAUGAGAGCAGUAGCAACCCCGAAAGAGCCAUUUUACUACACAUUAAACGGCAUUUCUCCAACCCCACCCACCUCUCUCACUGGACUUCAUCUGCGGCGGACCACUGUAACUGGCCGGAGGUCACCUGCGUCGAUGGCUCCGUCACCGGGAUCCGGCUUGUCGACCUCAAGCUCAACCGAACCGUCCCACCCUUCAUCUGCGACCUCAGAAGCCUCACACUUGUCGAUCUCAACCACAACUUCUUCUCCGGACCUUUCCCAACAUCCCUCUACAACUGUUCCAGUCUCGAGUUCCUGGACUUGUCCUUCAACUUCUUCAAUGGCUCCAUCCCCGCUGACAUUCACAGCCUCUCGCCCCAACUCAAGGUCUUCAACCUCUCCGCCAACUCCUUCGCCCAUGGCAUCCCGCCAGCCAUCGGAGCACUCAAACAGCUACAAGAGCUUCACCUGGCCAUGUCCUUCCUCAGCACCGCCUCUUUCCCGCCCGAAAUCGGUGACCUGCUCAAUCUACAAGUCCUGGAUUUGAACGAUAACCCCUUUUCGCCUCAGCCCAUCCCAUCAAGUUUCACGAAUUUGAAGGAGCUGAGGAACCUUUGGAUCAGGAAUUCGAACCUGGCGGGAGAAAUUCCAGAGAACUUGUUCAGCAACGCCACUACGCCAGCUUUGGAAUAUUUGGAUUUGUCUGGGAAUGGUUUGAGUGGUAACAUUCCUAGCGGCAUGUUUCUGAUGAAAAACCUUACCACACUUUAUCUGAUGGCUAACAGAUUGUCAGGUCAUAUUCCUCAGGCAGUUGAGGCUUUCAACUUGAAUUGGAUUGAUUUGUCCAAUAACUGUUUGGCAGGCGAAAUUCCCCAAGGUUUCGGGAAGCUCACAAAGUUGGAAGGGUUGGUUUUGUUCAUGAACCAAUUGACCGGCGAGAUUCCAGGAAGCAUAGGGAGAUUACCAGCGCUGGGGGAUGUCAGGCUGUUCAUGAACAACCUUUCAGGCGAAAUUCCACCAGAGUUUGGUAGAUUUUCGAAGCUUCAAAUAUUAGAUGUCUCCACAAACAAUCUUGUGGGUUCACUGCCGGAGGGGUUGUGCGAUAACAAGGUGUUGGAGAGCUUCAUUGCUUUCCAGAACAAUCUCACAGGUGAGAUUCCAAAAUCUCUUGGGGAUUGCAGCGAUUCUCUGAUCAGCUUCAGAGUGGAAAAGAACCGGCUUUCUGGUAGGAUCCCAGAUGGUCUGUGGACAGCUAGGAAUCUGAAGAAAUUGAUGGUCAGUGAUAAUUUGUUUAUUGGUGAGCUUCCAGCAGAAAAGGUUGGGCCAAACUUGUCUCUUGUGGAAAUGGGCAACAACCGAUUUUCGGGUGAAAUUCCGGCUGGAGUUUCUGGCUGGAGCAAUCUGGUCAGCUUCAAGGCUGGCUAUAACCUGUUUACUGGUGGAAUCCCAAACGAUCUGACAGUGCUGGAACAGUUAUCAGUUCUUUGGGUAGAUGGGAACCAGCUUUCUGGGAGUCUCCCAUCGGAAAUAAUCUCAUGGAAGUCACUCACCUCCUUCAAAUGCAACGGGAACCAUCUUUCUGGGGAAAUCCCGUCAGCACUCGGUCGCCUGCUAAACCUCAAUGAACUAGACCUCUCUGGAAACCAAUUCUCCGGAGAAAUCCCCCCAGAAAUAGGCCGUCAGUUGAGGCUAACUUCACUCAACUUAUCAUCAAAUCACCUCUCGGGGGCAAUCCCGGCAGAGCUUGAGAAUGCAGCUUUUGAUAAGAGCUUCUUGAACAACUCUGGUCUUUGUUCGACCAACCCCACUUCAUUCGGCCUCAGCAGGAAUUGUAGUAAGGGGAAAAGCCAAAAAACAGAUGUGGGAUUUGUGAGAGUUAUAGCGAUUCUGGUGAGCGUAGCAGCAGCCUUAGUCCUAGUGGCCAUUCUCUCCAUUGUGUUUGUUGCAGGAAGGAAGAGCAAUGAUAAGACAAGACAGGAGGGGCCCUCUCCAGACUGGAAAAUCACACCGUUCUACAAACUGAGCUUCACGGAGUCGAACAUUGUUUCCAACCUAACAGAAAGCAAUGUGAUGGGCAGAGGGGCAUCGGGGGUAGUUUACCAAGUAGCACUAGUUGGGCCUUUGCAUAGUAGAGGGUGCGAAAAAGUUGCGGUGAAGAGGAUCUGGAACUGUAAGAGUUUAAAGAGGGAGUUUGAAGCGGAAGUGAAGAUACUGGGAACCAUACGGCAUUACAACAUUGUGAAACUAUUGUGUGGGAUGUGCAGUUCAGAUUGUAAGCUCCUGGUGUACGAGUACAUGGAGAACAGGAGCUUGGAUCUAUGGAUCCACACGAAGAGGAGGAGGAGCAGCAAUUGGCCUCCUAUGGGGGCAUAUCAGGUGCUGCUGCAGUGGCCCACCAGGCUGCACAUUGCCAUCGGAACUGCCCAGGGCCUCUGCUAUAUGCAUCACAGCUGCUCCCCACCCAUUGUACACAGAGACGUGAAAUCCAGCAACGUGCUAUUGGACUCCGAGUUUAAUGCCAAGGUUGCGGAUUUCGGUCUGGCCAGACUGUUGCUCAAGCACGGGGAAGCCAACACCACGCUCUCAUCCGUAGCAGCUGGCUCUUUCGGCUACAUUGCUCCCGAGUAUGCUCACACAACAAAAGUGAACGAGAAGAUCGAUGUGUACAGCUUCGGUGUGAUCCUGUUGGAGCUUGUUACAGGACGGGAAGCGAAUGACGGGACUGAGGAGUUGGGCCUAGCGGAUUGGGCGUGGCAACACGUCCGAGGGGGCAAAGCCAUACAGGAUGUGCUAGAUGCUGCUAUCAAGAAGCCACAGUACAUUAAUGAAAUGGAGGAUGUGUUCAAACUUGGGGUCUUCUGCACCACCACCUUCCCUUCUGCAAGACCAACCAUGAAGCAGGUCCUCCAAAUCCUGCUCCGCACCCAUCCAUCACCAUCUCCUCUGGGUCAUGAGAAGAUGAUGAUCACUGGAAGCGAGCGUGACGCUUCACCGCUCCUCACCCAUUCAAGGCUAGUUUUGGAUGAUCAUGAAUUUGUGUCCAUAGUUUAAUGAGGCGUGACAUCAUCAUCUUUACAGAAUUAAUUCGUAAAACAUGGAUACAAAUAAUGAAAAGAGUACAAACAUUAAAUGCUCACGCCCAUUGUUUAACCGUCAAUUCAAAACUUGGAAAGCA